GGCAUAAUAUUGAGUUACAAUGUAGGCAUACUUUUUUACCUUGAAUAUUUUUAGUAGCUAGAUCAACCGGAGAAGCAUGGUCAUUUUAAAACAACACUUUGCAAUAUGCCUAUCCUUUCGUAUGCAUUAUUAGACUAUUGAUUAUGCCUAAAUGUAGAUUUAGCUAUCACAUUCGAAUGUAAGUGGAUAUACUGAGAUUGUAUCCUUGUUUUAUGGCGGUCCGCAAACAAAUGUUAUAGGUGCAUGCCACCGCCUACUAUUCUGUAAUAUGAAUUCAUUACGCGUUGUGAAUGCAGUGAAAUCUCGUAAACCCAAGUACUUCUCUGCAACUGCCACCACAACAUCUAUCCUCUGUCAUUUGCGUUCCAUUUCUGUGGUAGACUUGCUGGCCAUGAACGCCCCAAAAAACUAUCUUACUAAAGCCCAUGUUAUUCCUAUCACUCUCUACUGGCCUCGACCUACUCACGAUCCCUCAACCUGCCCCUGGACUCAUCUUCCUCUACUACUAUCUUCCCUGCCUCAGCAUAUGACACCUUCUGCACUACUCUGAUCCUGGCAACCUCAACCUGCCUUUCUCUCACUGGGCAUCUCUGAUCUCCAGCACCAUGGGGACCCCUACAGUUUACACACACAACUUUUUCCACCGACACUACACAUCUAGGAAUCUCCCUCCUACACAUUGCUGCGGAUUGCGUCUAUCUGCUUUGCAAAUUAAUGAUGUGCACAAGACUACAUCUACCAUCUACCCUUGCGACAUUUUAACGUCAUGUGGUGCCGCGGCCUCAUUGUCACACUGUGCAGGACAGAAGCAUGUUUAUGGUAGCCUGCUGCCCUCCGGUCAGAAACGAGAAGAAGUGGAACGCAACUAAAUCCCGUCAAAACAACGUCUCUAGUUCGCUCUCGUCGGUGAUGGGGAGUGAAAGGGCCUGAGGAGACCCCCCCCCCCAAAUCUCUUAUUUGUCUGCUCAAGUUGAUCAAUCAUGUCUGACAAUGACCCAACAGACCUCCAGGCUGUGUAAGGACUAUUUGACCAAGGGGAGUGAUGGAGUGCUGCAUCAGAUGACCUGACCUCCACAAUCACCUGACCUCAACCCAGUUGAGAUGGUUUGGGAUGAGUCGGACUGCAGAGUGAAGGAAAAGCAGACACGUGCUCAGCAUAUAUGACCUUUGAGGCAGGGAGCAGCGUGAUGCUGCUGUUUCACUUCUGGGAUGUGCAAGGACCUGCAGGGAUGGUGCUGUCGGUGUUCAUGGUCCUCCUGUUGACCGUGUUCUACGAGCUGCUGAAGGUGUGGAGGAUCUGGCUGGGGAAGCGCCCCUCCCCCUUCCACUCCUCAGACUGCCAGGGAAGCAGCACUGCAUUAGCCAGUAGCCUGUCGGAGUCGUCUCUGGCCCCCAUGGAACAGACUGCCCCCACUCGCUCCCCCACGAACAGAUGGCUUCUCCGUGGGAUCCAGACAGCCCUGCACAUCCUGCAGGUAACCCUUGGCUACAUGCUGAUGUUGUGCGUCAUGUCCUACAACACCUGGAUCUUCCUGGGGGUCAUCUUGGGCUCUGUCCUGGGAUACUUCAUAGGGUUCCCUCUACUGGGUCAAAUCUGAUCAAACAGAAUAAUCCUUUUCCUGGACUAUAGAUCUAUAGGCAUUAGUUAUCCUGUUGGAGAAAGAUGUGCUCUGAAAAACAUAUCACAGCGUCUUUCAUUCUGACCCUGUUGCAGACUCAAUGUGCGAUAUCUCUCCCUGUGACUGUCGCUUUUCAAGUUACCUGAAGUGGAAGGUGGUUCUUCCCUAAUUAUCUUAAAGCAGAGGUGUGCGAAGUAAAAAGCAAGAUGGAGACUUCCAUAGAGCACACCCAUGGUACAUUUAAGAUAAGUCAGGAAGCUAAUGCUUUUUUUGUGUUACGCUGUAUGACCUACUGUACUAUGCAUAUCCACUGACAUAUGUUUGAGAAUGGCCCUUGAGAAGAGCUUGAGUUCAACCUGUGGCCUCAUUCUAGCAUCUAACUCCAAGGUCAGGCUACUUGCAGAAGGAACUGAGAUUAUGCAUUUCGUCAGCACUAGUCACAAGACAUUUCCUGGAAUUGCCACUGACAACACAGAAGCAUGUGAUUGAGUGUUGUAACUGUCAGGCUCAUUGGGUAACAGUGUUAAUUACUCUUAGGUACAUGGAGAACCGAAUGUGGCUCUUGUUAAUCAUUUGUGAGAGAGGCACUAAAAGGUUGGGGUAUACUUUGUCCUAAAUACAUUUCAGAGGCAUAUUUCCUGUUGAAUUAUACGGUAACCUAAUCAUGGAUGAACGCAAAGCUUUUUCUUCUUCAAAUCCUAUUGAUCUACAGUAAACUGUGAAAGUAGAUAAUGGCCUGCUUUUAAUCUGAAACACUUUUAGAAGGGUGCUUCUCAAUGGACUUUAUAUGAACAUGUGCUUACUACUGUUGUAUUUUAUUGAUAGUAAUAAAACAAAUACCACUAA